AGCUAGGUACUAGGUUUUCAUAUAUUUCUUGCAUUUGGUCGGGUAUUUGCAAUGAGUCGCCUAGUGAUAGUGCCUAGUUUUAUACCUUGUCUGUGGCAAUGUUUUUUUUCGUCGGUUCAUGGUGUCCACCUUGAAAUCAUUUUUCCAUUGGCCUUCUUCUUGUUCUUUACGUUUCCCCUCGUGAAGGCUUCGCAGCCGUUUCAGUAUCAGGUUGACCCCGAGGACAGUCAGAAAUGGGACCGGAUCGACUUCUCGUUUUGCCGCGACGUGUCGCACUCGGCGUACUUGAUACUGCAUCUGAACCCGCAUGCGGCGGUGGCUAUGGAUCACAUGCCGGAGCGCAAAUACCCCCAGAACACACUGCUCCGCAGCGAGAAAGCGCUGACCAGCUCCUUGCUGCACUCCGCUGUCUGGGGCCUGAACAACUACCGGUGGCAGGAGUACACGCAUCUUCGCGCCGACGAGCACGUCCUGCGCGACGGGAUUCUGCGGGAAACGCUGCGGAAGCGGUUCGGCGUCGACGCGCUCGCGAAUCCAGGCGACUACGGGCCGAUCUCGCUACUGGACACUCUUGGCCUCGAUCUACAUCGCGACCUGCGGCUCUUUCGUCCGCUCCGGAACGAAACAGGCGAGCUGUUCCGGACCAGCUGCGAGGUCGGGAGGCUCAGCCUGGAGUAUUUGAUUCGCAGCUCCUCCAAGGAGGCGUAUGAGCAGUUUAAAUUGGAUUUCCGGCAGGAUAUUAUUUUUGACAACCCAAUAGUAGCAGAGGGAGGGGACAUGACCACCGGCACCUCGUCGUCCAAGAAGCUGGUGCAGAAAACGUCGAAACGCACUGUCUC